UGCUGGACGUCUGUGGCUGGGUCUCCACAGGUAUCCCCGGCCCUACAGUCUUACCUACAGGAAAACUUUGCUCUGAUUUGGUACAGCUCUCCUUUGAAGGACAGAACGGAGCAAGCCUUUCACAUCCUGCUGUAAGGGGACAAGAUGGUCCUUAAAACCGAGGAGGAAGAUGUUCCCAGUGACCUGACUGCAGAGGAGCGUCAAGAAUUGGAGAACAUCCGGCGGAGGAAGCAGGAGCUGCUAGCCGACAUCCAGAGGCUGAAGGAUGAGAUAGCAGAGGUGGCCAAUGAAAUUGAGAACCUGGGGUCCACAGAAGAACGGAAAAACAUGCAGAGAAACAAACAGGUUGCCGUGGGCAGGAAGAAAUUCAAUAUGGACCCUAAAAAGGGGAUCCAGUUCUUGAUAGAGAACGAUCUGCUGAAGAACACUUGUGAAGACAUUGCCCAGUUCUUGUACAAGGGUGAAGGGCUCAACAAAACUGCCAUUGGUGACUACCUGGGGGAGAGAGAUGAAUUUAACAUCCAGGUUCUUCAUGCGUUUGUGGAGCUGCAUGAGUUCACUGAUCUCAACCUGGUCCAGGCUCUGCGGCAGUUCCUGUGGAGCUUCCGGCUACCCGGAGAGGCCCAGAAGAUUGACCGGAUGAUGGAGGCGUUUGCCCAGCGAUACUGUCAGUGCAAUAACGGAAUGUUCCAGUCCACGGACACUUGCUACGUCCUCUCCUUUGCCAUCAUCAUGUUGAACACCAGCCUGCACAACCCCAAUGUCAAAGAGAAGCCCACCGUGGAGAAGUUCAUCGCCAUGAAUCGAGGCAUCAAUGAUGGGGGGGACCUGCCCGAGGAGCUGCUCCGGAAUCUGUAUGAGAGCAUAAAAAACGAACCCUUUAAAAUCCCAGAAGACGACGGGAACGACCUCACUCACACCUUCUUCAAUCCAGACCGAGAAGGCUGGCUUCUGAAGCUCGGUGGCAGGGUAAAGACGUGGAAAAGACGCUGGUUCAUUCUGACUGACAACUGCCUGUACUACUUCGAGUACACCACGGAUAAGGAGCCCCGUGGAAUUAUCCCUUUAGAGAAUCUGAGUAUCCGGGAGGUAGAGGACUCCAAAAAACCAAACUGCUUUGAGCUUUAUAUCCCGGACAAUAAAGACCAAGUAAUCAAGGCCUGUAAGACGGAGGCGGACGGGCGGGUGGUGGAAGGGAACCACACCGUGUACCGGAUUUCAGCUCCGACGCCCGAAGAGAAGGAGGAGUGGAUAAAAUCCAUUAAAGCAGCCAUCAGCAAGGACCCUUUCUACGACAUGCUCACAGCACGGAAAAAGAAGGUCUCCUCCACGAAAAGACACUGAGCUCGCAGCCAGGGCCAGUCUGCAAGGCCCAUGAAGCUCCGGCUCCGUCUCCCGUGCCUCCCUGGAGGGUGCUGCUGAGCGAGCGCCCUCUCUGCCAGGCCCUCCCUGAAUUCCUAGAGACUAGCUUCAGCUUUUGCUAUUUUUUUUAAGUGGGAGAAGGGUGGGCAUUUAUCCCUGGGGAAGGGGGCCUGUGGAGCGUGGGUUCUUGAGCCUCCCUCUCACAGCAGAGGAGCCUCCUGCCAAGCCCCCCGCCCAGCCCAGCCCAGCCGAUGGCAGAGCUGGGAGCCGACUGUUUACCUCUCGGUUGUUUCUCGUGAAGAAGCCUUUAACCCCUGCACCAUAAAUACGUGUAUCACUAUAUUAUUACAUGUUAAGAAAAAAGGGGGAAAGGAAGAGAAGCCACGUACUAUAAAGAUCUAUUUUUGUUUUUUUUAAAAAAAACGUCGUGCUGUCCAGGUGCACUCUGCCUGUCUGGUUUAGGGAGCUUCUCUCUGCAGAGCGCUCCCUGGGCUGCUGCUGAGGGUGUUCCCCCCUCUGCUGCACUCUGGAGCUGGGGAAGCCCCAGAAUGAGAGAGAGGGGUGCAGUCGAGGGUGGGGGGCACAGCAGGCGACACAGCCGCACCCCGGCUGGUGGCUCCAGCGGAUGCCUUUCCAUCCCAAGUGCCUGUAGGGCGCCGGGAGAGCAGAACUGACCGCACACGUACACUGUUUUUCUCUUUCAAAAUCCAAAUUCUUGUUGGGCUUUAACAUAGAAAGUCAGCAUCUUCCUUGAGCUAAAUACCUAAUAACCAAAACUGUGAGGAAGGUUAUCCCAGCAGAGGCUGUGGGAUGACCUGACUGUUGCAUAUUUGGUUUUUCUUCCUCCUCCCCAAAACUCCAGUCCUCGUUCUAGAGGAAGGAGCAGGUCGUACCUGAUCCCCUUAGGGCGUCAGCUCUUUCUGCCUCAGAACUGGCCCUCGCUGAACUGCUCUGGACACGUUUAGUGGUGGGCCUGCUGCAGGGGGACGCGGGCCUGCGUCUGCUCAGCAGGGUGCAGUGGGUGCAAGGGUGACCAGGUCAGCCUCUGCGUCUUCCCUGUAAGGCGUGUGUGCAGGGUGGUCCUGCCCUCCUUGCUGGUGUGGAGGGCCCGCAACACGCCACGCUCUCCCGCCCAUCUCUCAGGGACUCUCAAGGGCAGCCCUUGCCGCUCAGUUGGGCAGAGCAGGCGGCUGGCCAGCCGUCUUGGGGCGCCCUCCACGUGCCCAGGCCUGGCGGUGCAGAGCGCUGUCUGGAGGAGGCGGGUGGAGGUCACCACGGCUCCUCCUGUACCUUAGGGCAGGUUAGCAUCUCUGGAAAUAGAUUUUGCAAAAGCAGUGGUGGGAGGAGUGUCGGGGGCAUUCUGUUGCCCCCAUCGUGUACGUCAUACCUUGGGCGGCUUCGGGUGCUUUUAUACUGGAGCUUGUGAAGGUGACAGGAGCAUCCAGGCCGGAGCUCUCUGGGUGGGAAAACCAGGGUGGUGCCCGCCCAAGUCCGUGUGGCGUCAGGGCCACACCGGAGCCCGUCCAGCUGGCCAGUCCCCUGCCCUGGUUCUCACGAAUACUCCUAGACAGAGAGGCGCCUGGAGCAGUGUUAGUCUAUUUAUCAGAGGUGUAAAUAAUCCAUGUAUAGUUUUUCUCCUUUUAGAUUAUUUUGUAUUUGUUUAAAAAGAUUUGUCAUAAUGCAAAAUAUACAGAAAUGACUGAAAGUUGUUGACAGGGUUUUUAAAAAAUUAUAAUUAUUAUUCCAGUUGUUUUUGUUCGUUUUUGCCUCGUAAACUAGCGCCAAGGAACUGCAGCAAAUAAACUCCAAAUCUGC